AUGACUGACGUUCAAGAAACCAUAGAAGUGCACCCUAUCACUUUUCCUCCAGAAGUGCUAGCACGUAUCUCGCCUGAAUUAUCAUUACAGAGACAUCUAGCGUUGGGAUUCCGCCCGUCGUUGAGAGCAUUUGAUGAGUUUAGAGAUGUGCAGAUAAAUGAGGAUUCCCUAUCACAUUUUAAUGGAACUGAUGAAAUGAAGUUGGACACCUCUAAUAAUAUCUUGGGUUCUAAUGUUCUGAAAAGUGGAAAGACAUUUGUUAUAACAUCGAUUACUGGUGGUAUUGUGGAAGACACGAGUUCUUCCAUCAAUGAAGACGACAUUGGCGAGGAGGAAUUGAGAGAAAUGGUGAACUCUAAUGAUAAAUUAUCAGAGUUUGCAACUGUAUAUCCUGUGGUAGAAGUGGAAAGGGGUAGAGCUGGUGCUUGCACUGACGAGGAAAUGACAAUUUCCCAAAAAUUGCAUGAUUGUUUAUUGCACUCGAGACUUAUCUCUAAGAGAGCCUUGAAGGUUAAAGCUGGUGUUCGUCUAACUGAUAAUGAGGGUAAAACAGAAAUUUUAUACCCAGAUGAGAUUGUUGCAAAUGAAAAAGAAUCAGAAGAAGAAUCAGCGUAUGCUCAAAUUGCACCAAAGAAGAAAUGGUCUUAUGUUCUAUAUGCGAAAAUUGUCGUGUUUAGUCGUACUGGUCCUGUCUUUGACCUUUGCUGGAACUCCUUAAUUUAUGCCCUUCAAAGUACUAGACUUCCAAGGGCGUUUAUAGACGAGCGUGCUACAGAUUUGAGAAUGACGGUGAGGACGAAAGGAAGAAGUACAACUAUUAGAGAGACUUAUGAUCUAAUGUGUGAUCCUGAAAAAUCGUUGGACUUGAAUAUUAACAAAUCCAAUAUAGCAUAUGCAUCUAAUUUUGGUAUUAUUGAUCUUGAUCCAGAAGCUGCGUUAGAACAAUCUGAAAAUGAAGAUGAUGAAGAUGAGGACACAAAUAUGGAUGUGGAUGAAGUUAAGUCCGUCUUUCUGGCGGAUUUGGACACAGAAGCCGAGGAGACAAGUAUUCGAUCAACAAUAUCGAUAAUCAAUGAUAAAAAUGGUAAAUUCAAACAUAUAAGUUUAGUAGGAGGGGGUAGUAAAAUAACGCCAGAUAUGAUUAAGAAAGCAUUAAUUUUAUCUAAGGAAAGAUCUACAGACCUAGCAUCUAAAAUAAAAUAA